GGGCGGAGUCUAGAAAUGAAGGGCGUUCUGGGCCAACCCGGAGAACCGACUCUUCGCGGGGCGGAGCUAUGCUGGUUGAUUGACACUGAGGCCCAACCAGGGAGAGGCGGGGCCAAGGCCGGGGCCUGACUAAACCUGGAGCUUCGGGUGGCUGAGGGGCUUCAUCCCAGCCGAGGAGCGAAGAGCCGCUGGCGGCCGCGGAUCUCACGGCGGCUCCGAGUUUUUAGAACUUCACCUAUAAAAAUGGGCAGAAUCUUCCUUGAUCAUAUUGGUGGUACCCGUCUAUUUUCUUGUGCAAACUGCGAUACAAUCCUGACCAACCGUUCAGAGCUCAUCUCCACUCGGUUCACAGGUGCCACUGGCAGAGCUUUUCUUUUUAACAAGGUAGUUAACCUGCAGUAUAGUGAAGUUCAAGACCGGGUCAUGCUCACUGGCCGCCACAUGGUUCGAGAUGUGAGCUGCAAAAACUGCAAUAGCAAACUGGGAUGGAUCUAUGAGUUUGCUACUGAAGACAGCCAGCGUUAUAAGGAGGGCCGUGUGAUCCUGGAACGGGCUCUAGUUCGAGAGAGUGAGGGCUUUGAGGAGCAUGUACCAUCUGAUAACUCUUGAAGAAAAAGUGAUAACUCCGUCUUUUCCCAGGUCUCCUUCACUGAAAACAAAAAUCUACUUACAUACACUGUCACCUUAGCAUCAGAGUCGGAUUCAUGAACUGCGGAACAAGAAGUUGUGAGAAUCUAAGAUGGAACCUUCCUUCCUUUCUUUUCUUUUUUUUUUUUUUUAAUUUUCUAUUUUUCAUCCAACAGCAGUGUGUAGAGAGAAUAUUAUGCAGAUGCCGUUAAUUUUUUCCCUGUGUUUACAUCUCGAGGCAGAAUAGUCUGUCUGUAGCUACGUGAUGGGCUUUGUGAGGGAAGAAAUCUGGGCUAUUAGUGAAAAGGUGUGUAAAUUUGAAAGGAAAAGCGUCGAGCAUGGUUUUUAAACUUACUUGGGCUUCAUUUUAAAACUUUUUUUGAACCCAAUUAUUUCACUUAAUUUGCUAGUUUCAGAGAAAAGAUCCGAAUUUGUGACCAGCGCUAAAGGUUCAGUGUUAGUAUGGCUUGUGCUGGCCAUUGUGCCAUAUUCUUGUUGGAGAAGAACCGUAGCACCAGAGCCCAUUCUUUCUGUCAGUCUUGACCCAAAGAUGUCACCAUUCCCAGUUACUUGUCACCACCUAAUUGGUGUUGCUUGGAAGCUUUUCCUGAAGUGGGGCAGAACUGCUUGGUUGUCUUUUCCAUGUAACUUAAGCAUAGUAAUAUAAAUAAAGUAAUAGUUGGA